UGCGGUGGACGAAUAUAAUAAUUUGGAUAGCAUCGCGACAUUGUAUACAAACAUUACGCAAUCGUCGCAUUAUGCGUCGAGCCCGGAGCGGACAUUAUUAUGAUUUGGUACUUUGCCGCAAUAAUAUUGAAUUAUUGUACGAUAAUCAUACGAUUUACAACCAAUAGACAAGCGCUUCGCUUUGUGCGGCUAUCGUAGCGGCGGCACGUAUCGCGCAAAAACGCGCGCCCAACGGUUUCCGUCCUCGGCGCGGCCCGCAGUACGCGCGGCGAACGAGCUAACAAGCGAAUACUCGACGGACGCACCAAACACUAAACAGUCGCAUCGCACGCGUCACGACCGCUCGACACGUGUGCGCGCGGCCAAGCGUCGUUGUUCCGUCGCGUUGUUUGUCUUCAGUUCUCGUUUCCGCGACCGGUUCGUGCAACUAUUAUUAUUAUUAUUAUUAUUACUAUCAGUCGUCCCGUCAGGCCGUCGAAACGCCACGAGAUGGGCCGUCCGCUCGCGUGGCUGGUCGUGGUGCUUCUGCAGGCCGCGGCCUUUGCCGACGAGCGGUGUCCGAUGAACGCUUCCACACCGGCGCCCGAAAACGCCUACCUGGUGAACGACGUGCUGUGGGCCGGGGAACCGGAACAAGCGUAUCCGCCGGCCGCGUACCGUCCGGUCCCGGGCGGCGGUUUCGUCCUGUGCACGUGCGAAACGGGACCGUGCAUGCGCAAGUGCUGCGAGCCGAACUUGGUGUUCGUGGGACUCAAAUGCUUGCCACUCAACGAAUCGAUCAAGUUCGAGGUUCCAACAUAUGUUAAUGAAAACGGCACGGUUGAUGCACAUGAGACGGGCUUGUUUCAUUUAGUCUACGGAAAACCGACGUGUGCUAACAAAUACCACAUGAAUCCAUUAGUGGAAGAAAAAGAUAACUUCCGUAUAACUAAAGCGGGCUGGUUACUGAAUGAAUCGGGAUCUGUUAUUGCUCCACCGGGUAAAUUUUGUUUGGAUACAUUUACCAGUUUCAACUAUCAAAUCUUACCAGUUGUUUGUUCUCCGGAACAAAUGACAAACGAAGGACUAGGCAGAAAUAUGUUAUAUAUAAUCGGAAUGUUUCUAUCAUUACCAUUUUUGUUUUCAACGUUCCUCGUUUAUGCGCUCAUCAAAGACUUACGAAAUUUGCACGGAAAGUCUCUAAUGUGUCAUGUAGCAACAUUAUUAGUGGCCUACACCAGUCUAAUAACCGUUCAGUUCACUACCGAUAAUGUUAUUCAAGAAUGGUGCAUUUUUUUAGCAUAUAUUGUUCAAUUUUCUUUUUUGGGAAGUUUUUUCUGGCUUAAUGUUAUGUGUUUCGACUUGUGGUGGACUUUCAGCGGAUUUAGACCAUUAAGAGGAAACAUACAAGAACAUGAAGCGAAAAAGUUUAUAAUCUAUUCCAUCUAUGCGUGGGGAUGUACCUCGUUUAUUUCAUUAUGUACAUUUGGCAUGGAGGAAUACUUACCACUGGAUGCAAUUCGUCCAGAAUUCGGAAUUAAAAGUUGUUGGUUUGCAUCAUAUUCAGCCACGCUGCUAUAUUUUUAUGGCCCCAUCGGUAUUCUAUUAUUUAGUAAUCUAUUGAUGUUUAUACACACGGCAAUAAUGAUUGUGAAACAUAUGCGGGAUGCUAGAGUACUCAGUGGAUCUGAAAGCCAAAAGAAUGUGGACCAUGAAAAACAAAGAAAUAUGUUGUAUUUCAGAUUUAUGCUGUAUUUGAAAUUAUUCAUCGUCAUGGGUGUAAAUUGGUUAGCAGAAAUUAUAUCAUGGGCGUCAGGUUCAAAUGGUUCUGAACUAGUGUGGUACGUCACAGACAUCGGGAAUUCUUUGCAAGGAGUGUUGAUUUUUUUAAUUUUUGUAUGUAAAAAACGUGUUUUAAAUUUAUUAAACAAAAAACUUUGUCCAAGAUUUCAACUUUUUAAGGCAUCUACUACUGCAUCUACUAGAACCACCAAUAGCUCUAUCUCUAGAACUAGUUCCAAUACCAAAAAUAAAGAUGCAGUUGAAAUGUCCUCUACAUGUAGAAAAACUUCAACCAAUAAUCAAUUACACGAUGUUAAAGUUUAAUGAUUGUGUAAUGAAAAUUAAAUAGUUAUAACUAUUUAUAAUUAUUUUUUUAUUUUUUAUCAACAACUAUAUUAAACUUAAAACUGUUUUAUCACUAUUAUCUUUAUUUUAAUUUUUGCCUUUGACCACGAUUUAUAUUUUGAUUAUAAUUGAGUUUUUUUUUUUAAAUGCUAUUCCAUAUUAGUUUCAAAAGAAUAGUCACACAUAUAGGUACACUAUUUAUAAAUAAUUUCAUGUUAACUAGUAACAUGUAUAAUUUUUACAUUUUAUUAAUAAACCUUAAUGUAUUUUUAAUAGUAUAAUAGUAGGAGAAUAUUUAUGAUAAUUACUAAACAUAAUGAAUACCUACUUUUAAGGUUAAUAAUAAUUUUACUAGUCAUAUAUUAAUCAGAAUUACUACAAAAAUUAAAUUGCUAUUAUAUUAUUAAUUAUUACUUAUUGACUAUUGUGUAUAUAUUUACUUCUCGAUGUGCAUUAAUUACGUCACCUGCUACAUGUUAUAAUAAUUUAUUGACAUAUUCCACACAACAAUGACUUGGAUGUUUUAUUGUAUAUAUUAAUAUUAUAUAUUUUAAUAGAUUAAGUUUAAACCUAACAAACAGACGAGUACAGCGUACAAAUGAUUUUUUAAGAGAGGUCUCACCACAGUACCAAACACAUACGUCAUACACACACGUAUGAGGUAUCAUCUUUACUAAGUACCUACCUCCUAUAUUAUAAAAUAAUUUAGUUUAUAAAUUUGUAUGCAUAUAAUAAUUAUAAAACCAUGUAAGCUAAGUAAUUAUACCCAUAUAGUAAAUUAUAACAAAUUAUUAUUAUUAUUAAACAUAAGAAUCAAUUAAAGUUUCAUAUUUAAAAUUAAAUAUCGUUGUACCUAUUAUAGUUCUAGAUUCGGAGCGGAGCGAUAAAAUAUGUAUUAAUUUUACAACGGUAUGUUCAUUUUUUCUAUCUGUCGACUGUCGUCAGCUUUCAAUUGAAUAAAAAUGCUUCAAUUUCAA